AUGCCGAGCACCACCUUUAGAAGUCUCACAGCUUCUAAAAUCCGUCAGGACGACGACGAACGCCACUGCAGACGAAAGGGAAUGAAAGCCUUCGCAUCUAUCACAAACCUCAUGGGACUCAAACGUUCAGAGCCCAACGACCAAGCCCUGGCGAACAACCUGAUCCGCCGAUUCGAUCAAGCCGAGUUCCAGAAGCUGGCGGUGAACUGGAUAGUAGUGAGCCAGCAAUCAUUCAGGCAGGUCGAGCACCCACGCUUUCGACAAGUAUUCGAAUAUUUGGACUCCACGGUGCAUACCACUCCUACUGCAGGCGCAACAUGCGCAGCCUACUCGUCAUCGCGUUCCAGCGAUGGUGGGACGAAGUCGAUCGCGAAAGCUCUCGUAGACUCCAACUAA